CUUUCAUCUUCACAUUCACCACUGCUCAAGCUCGGCCAAAAAACACCUUCCUUGGCCUUCCGAUCUAUCGGAAAACUUCACAAUGCUUUGAUGAGCUGCAGCUGCCGCCGUCGGAAGAUUAGAUUACGAACAUCCCCACACGGAUAGUGUAGUUCCACGCCGUCUGCCUCUUCUUCAGACGGCAUGUAGAGCUGUAGAAUUCGUUGGGGAUGCUCGUAAGCUCAUCGUCCGCCGGCGUCAGCCGCAGUGAACUGCCUGGGGGAAUGCGAGGAGAUGGAUCAAGGCGGCAAAGCGUAUUUCAAUUUGCCCAGCAACUCUCGUCUUGCAGAGAUUGUCUUCAACUCUGGUCUUGCACAGAUUGUCAUCAACUCUCGUCUUGCAGAGAUUUUCAUCAACUCAAAUCUUUGCACAGAUUGUCAUCAACUCUGGUCUUGCACAGAUCGUCAUCAACUCAAGUCUUUGCACAGAUUGUUAUAAAAUCGAAAUACAUUUUGUCGCCGUGGACCAGUCUCGCUCUCAAUCUUGCAGGUUCACCACUGGGUUGUGAUGCAAGGGAGAGGCUUGGGAGAGGCUUGGGAAAUUGGAGAUAGAGUCAUAGGGGUGGAAUAAAAAGCAUUGUGGGCGCC